CACGUAUAUUGAAUGAAUUGAAGCACCUGACAAGAUAGUAUAUAAGGUCCAUCAGAUGUCCAUUUCGAUGUCCAACUCAGCCAGACGACAAGUUAGCAGACGAUCUGAACAGCAGCAGACAUGACGUGCCUUUGGACAUCCAUAUUGAUCAUAGCCGUGGGCUUAAGUGCAGUUCAUUGCCGACCAUCACUGAAGACUUGUUCUGGCAAGGCAGCGGAUGUCGUGUUCGUCAUUGACACCUCCACAAGCAUCUGGCCAUUGGACUUCAAUCAGUACGUUCGCCCAUUUGUUCGCGAUGUUGUACGUAUGUUCGAUAUCGGCGCUGCCCCGUCCCAGACACGUGUGGGUGUCGUCACCUACAGCGACGAGUACAACCCUCAGUUUGAUCUUGGCACCUACCUGACCCGUGACACUCUAGAACACGCCAUCGAAAACAUCGUCUUCACCGGCGGCAGCACCUUCACCAGCAAAGCCCUUCAGUACGUGACCGACGACAUGUUUCGGCUUGAGAACGGUGCUAGACCAGAGGCUGCUUCUGUUAUCAUCUUGCUUACAGACGGAAAGUCGCGCUUCCCUACAGUCACCAGGGUCGAGGCUGAGCGAGCACGCUCCAAUGGCGCCCACAUCUUCGCUAUCGGUGUGGGAGAUGAAGUUGAUGAGAUGGAGUUGCGAAGUGUAGCAGACAAUCCUGACUCUCAGUUUAUGUUUCACGUCAAAGACUACACAGCCCUGCAUAGCAUCAAGAGGCACCUCGCCAUCAGAACAUGCGAAGUCAUACCAACCACUCCUGCUCCAACUACUACUGAGAGACCACAGAACGACAUUGAUCCGGAAACCAUUAAAUAUUGCGGAGGGAAACCGGCAGAUGUCUACUUCCUCUUGGACGUUUCCUCCAGCGUCUGGAUAAAGAACUUCAACACAAAGGUCCUCCCGUUUGUCAAGGACAUGGUCUCCAUCUUUGACAUUGGAUCAACGAAGACCCGCAUUGGCCUGGUAACAUUCUCCAACAAAACAACCCCCAUCUUCCCUCUCAACCACUACAGCACGCGUGACCAACUCCAACGAGCGCUGAGCCCUCAAACAGUUCGUUACACUGGCGGCCAGACCUACACGUCAUCAGCGCUCGCCUACGUCAGAGACUAUGGAUUCGCGCCAAAUGUCGCGAGACCAGGCGUUGCCCAGGUGAUCAUUCUCGUGACAGACGGCAUCUCCUAUGAUCCUGUUCUGACUGCUGCAGAGGCUGAGAAGGCAAAGAGGAAGGGCAUGUACAUCUUUGCAAUCGGUGUUGGGCCAAGCAUUGACUACAAGGAACUGAGAGACGUGAGCAGUGACCCUGACGAUCGCUUCGUGUUCACCGUUACUAAUUUUAGUGCCUUGUCCAGCAUCAGAAACAUCCUUGCCAUACAGACCUGCCAAGUUCAGCCCACCCAACCACCACCUGCCGACAUCAAAAUUUGCAACAUUGAUUCGUCCGAUAUAUAUUUCGUCUUUGAAUCUGACUCAAAGACUAUGGAGGUACGGAAGCAAUUCCGUUCUGACGUCAUCAAACUGGUCAAGAGCACCUUCUCCAAUCACAGGGGCAUUCGGAUCUCCGCCAUCACUGACCCUUGCAUCGGGGACCGUGACAUCCCAUUCACCACCCUCCUCGACUUCAAAUUAAGGUUUGGUUCCACCCCCGUGGCCCCAUACACUAAGAUGCACGAUCUCGUCAUCACUCUGAAGGAACAGGCAGUCAACACCUGGAGGAGAACUCGUCGUUCUCGACAGGUGGGAGUUAUCUUCCUUGAUGAGAAGACAACAGAUUUGAUGAAGGUCGUGAUGGAAGCCAGGCGUGCACAGGACAUGGGUGUUGAACUUUAUGUUGUUGCUGUUGGCAACUUGCAGAGCCGUAUCAUUGAUAUGAUUGGAUCAAGUCCAGCACGUGAUCACGUGGUGACCUUUGAAAGUUAUGAUGACCUCCACAUGCUCAGUGAUGUUUUGGGGAAGAAGAUGUGUUAAUGCCUACAGACAUUCAUUUACAUAUCUACCAUUUGUUGAUCUCAGUCAUUCACAGAAUUAGUUUAGCAUAUCAUGCGAUACAUUUAUUGUUGUCAUCGUGCUGGACGCGAAAACAUCAAGAAUGUUUUUUGAAUAAUAAUAAAAAAUCAUUACACUUUA